AUGGCAUCGGGCCCUUCCUCGGCCGCCGCCCCGACGCGGUGCGGCUGGUCGCUCUCGGGGGACGAGGACUACAUCUCGUACCACGACUCGGAGUGGGGCGAGCCGGUGUACUGCGACCGAGCGAUGUUCGAGCACCUGCUGCUGGAGACGUUCCAGGCGGGGCUGAGCUGGGCGCUGAUCCUGCGGCGGCGCGAGGCGUUCCGGGCGGCGUUCCACGGGUUCGACGCCUGGCGCGUGAGCGAGAUGACGGAGGCGGACGUGGCGCGGCUGGCGGCGGACCGGGCGAUCGUGCGGCACGAGGGCAAGAUCCGGGCGGCGAUCGGCAACGCGCGGGCGGUGGUGAGGAUGCGCGAGGACGAGGGGCUCGGGCUCGCAGAAUACUUCUGGCGGUGGGUCGGGUUUGUGCAGGCGCAAGGCACGGCGAGGGAGCAGAGCGAGAUGAGGAGCGAGAGUGAGGUGUCGAGGAGCAUUGCCCGGGACUUGAAGAGGAGGGGGUGUAAGUUUGUCGGGGCGACUACUAUGUACGCGCACAUGCAGGCGACGGGCGUUGUGAACGACCACGUGGUCGGGUGCGAGAGGUACGCGGAGGUGGGGAAGCGGGUAUGGGGUAGGGAGGAGUGGGCGAGGGUCGGGGUGGACGUGGGGGUACUGGGGGACGGGCGGGCGUUUGCGGAGAGGAUGGAGGAGGCGGCGAGGGCGGAGAAGAAGGAGAAGAAGGAGAAGAAGAAGACGAAGAAGACGAAGGAGAACGAGGAGAAGAAGGAGACGAAGGAGACGAAGGAGACGAAGGAAAAGAAGGGGAGGGUGAAGGGGGAGGGGAAAUGGAACGGGGUGCGGCGUAGCGGGGAGAUGGGGAAGGCGCGAGGAGGGGAGCCGCAGACGAAGAGGAGGAGAAGCAAGAGGUUGGCUGGCGAGGAGGCGUGA